CAGUGCAUCAAUUCAUAUUCCGGAGUUUCUCUCUCCGACCACAAGGGCCACAGGUUGGUCCCCUGGGCCUUCCACCGCCCCCUCUUAACGUGCUGGUAGGGACUUUCCGCCCCCGGGUUAGUGGCUUUCUCCAGCCCGUCGGCACGAUGCUGUGCGCGCUUCAAAACGAGAGCGAAACAUUUACACAGCGCACAGGCUAGAGCAGAGACCUGGGGGAAGAGGAAGCUGAAGUCACAGGCAAGCGAAAAUGCCUAGUGUCAAGAGGGGUCGAAACCUUCCGCGGAGGUGGCAGGCAGCCGACCAAGCCGCGCAUGCAGGCUGAUUGGAUGGACGAUUCUCUGCCUGGCGGUCCAGCCCCGUUACUCCGAGCCGCUCGGGAGACAUCCCAGACAACUGGAGAAACAGGGGGAACGGGGGGAGCGGAGGCUGGGAGGCUGCAUCGGGCCAUGGGAGGGAGGGCUGGUUAAGCCUCCCAUGGACCUCCCGGAGUUUUCCCUGGGAUUUCCCGCGGGACCUCGCCCUGAGUCCGAAGGCGGCUGGAGCUGGAGCUGGCCACGCGUGGUUCCCGUCGCUCCACCGAGCCGGGGAGACAGAGGAACCGGGGCAGAGCGGCGGCCAGAGACGGAGCCCCGUGGUUCGCCCGCAGCCGGGCGCAGCGGCCGCCUCCCGGGCGGGUCGGAGCCCCAGCGCCUGGGACGCCGCUGCUCUGCCGGGGGCCCGCUAAGGCGCCUGCCCGCCGCCCUAGGCUGCACCUGGCCGCCCCAUCGCUGCGUUUCCCGGACACCGUCCCGCCCCGGCAGCGUGCCCGGCCCCCAGCCGGCGAGAAGCCCCCGCUCCGCAGCCGCCCGGCACCUCCGUCCCCCCCGGCGGGGCUGGGCUUUCCCCUCCCCGUCCCGCGCGGGCUGAGCUCCCGGACCCUCCUCCCCGGGGGCCAGCGCCCCGGCCGGGCCGGGCUCUUCCCUCGCUCCCGAUGGCCGCCGCCGCCGAGUACAGCUGCCGGGACAGCCGCACCAUCCAGGGCGGCGAGUCGGCGCUGCCCGGCUCGCUGCUGUUCAGCGCCGGGCUGCUGGGGAACCUGCUCGCCCUCUUCCUGCUGGGCCAGCAGCGGCUGCGGCGCGGGCGGCCCCCGCGGGCCUCCGCCUUCUACCUGCUGGUCAGCGGGCUGGCGGUGACCGACCUGCUGGGCAAGUGCCUGCUCAGCCCCAUGGUGCUGGUGGCCUACGCCCGCAACCGGAGCCUGAGCGAGCUGUGGCCGGGCGGCGGGGAGCCGGGCCGCCUGUGCCAGCUCUUCGCCUUCCUCAUGGCCUUCUUCGGGCUGGCGCCCACGCUGCUGCUGCUGGCCAUGGCCCUGGAGUGCUGGCUCUCGCUGGGCCACCCCUACUUCUACCAGCGCCACCUGCGGCGCUGCCGCCGGGCCGCCGCCCUGCUGGCCCCGGCCGCCGCCGCCGCCCUGGGCGCCCUCUUCUGCGCCCUGCCGCUGCUGGGCUUCGGCGCCACCGUGCAGUACUGCCCGGGCACCUGGUGCUUCAUCCGCAUGGCCGGCGGCAGCGCCCCCGCGCGGGGCUACUCCGUGCUCUACGCCAGCCUGCUGGGCGCGCUGGGGCUGGCCAUCGGGCUCUGCAACCUGGCCAGCAUGCGCAGCCUCUACCGCAUGGCCCGCCGCUCCCACCGCCGCAGCGUCCCCACCGCCGGCCGGGCCCCCGCCGGCCCGCGCAUGGAGGAGCUGGAUCAUCUCGUCCUGCUGGCCCUCAUGACCGUCCUCUUCACCGUCUGCUCCCUGCCCCUCAUCAUCCGUGCUUAUGUCGGAGCGUUUGCCACUAACCUUGAUGAAAAGGCAGACCUGACGGCCCUGAGGUUUCUAUCUGUGAACUCCAUCGUGGACCCCUGGGUGUUCAUCAUUUUCAGGACAUCCGUUUUUCGCAAGUUCCUACAUAGGGUUUGCAGAAGACUGAAUUCUAAAAAAGCCGCGACGCCUCGGCUGUUAUGAACUAGGCACUGAAGCUGCAGCGGUGAAGAGCUUUCUGCUUUCUUUGAUAACUCGAAUCGAAGGAAUAUUGUUCCAGGAAUUGUUUACAUAAUCAAACGGAUCGCACUAAUUAUGCCAAUGUUGUGGCUCUUGUAGAAACACUGUAAGAAAAUAUAAGAAUGUAUUGCGGGGAAGGUUAAGUGCCUUAGCCGUUCUGCUGCGGACAUGCUGCACAGAGAAGAAGCAUUCCUCCAUUAUUGCAUUUUUGCCUUUCCUGGCACAGACUGGAACUGAAAGUUUGUGGUCAUGUGAGUAACAGUGAAUCUUACGAAGUGACAGCGCUCCGCUACCCAGAGAACUUUGUAAAAAGAAUAUGUUUGUGGUAUAAAGUGCUGCUCUCUGAUCUUCGGGCCCGCCCGAUUCGCCACUCCUAUCAGAGUACGGCCCCGAUCCUGCAAGAUGGGGCCCGUUGCCUUUGGGGUUUCCCAUUGAUUACAACAGGCUGCAGGCAGACAGACGUGUCUACCCACAGGGAUCCGCUUGGAGGAUCAAGGCCUAAAUCAGGAAUCACCAAAGUCUGAUAGGGAAAAAUAAAACUCUUCAUUUGAAAAAGAAA